UGUAUCAUUCAAGAUGGCGAACGAAACUGUACCAUACCAAGCGUGUAUCAAGUCUCUUAAUGUCAACUCAAACGAAUUCAAAUAUUUUGAUGUCGCAAGCUUGGACCAAAAACGUUUUGCUCGUCUUCCAUUCUCCAUCCGCGUGCUUCUUGAAUCAGCUGUACGAAAUUGUGACAACUUUCAAGUUCAUACCAAAGAUGUAGAGAAUAUCUUGAACUGGGAAGCAAACCAAAACAGCAAUGUUGAGAUUCCUUUUCGACCAUCUAGGGUUGUCCUACAAGAUUUCACUGGGGUGCCUGCCGUWGUAGAUUUUGCUGCUAUGAGAGAUGCUGUCAAGAGACUUGGAGGUGACCCAUCUAAAAUAAACCCAUUAUGUCCUGCCGAUUUAGUUAUUGAUCACUCCGUGCAAGUUGAUUAUUCACGCAAUAUGCCAAGCAAACUGUUUGACCCAGGUGGUACAUGGCCAGCCAGAGAGCAAAAUUGUCCAUUUCAUUCACUGCCGUGUCAAUGUGCCGACUCCUUGAAAAUGAACCAAGACAUAGAGUUUCAGAGAAACCAGGAACGAUUUCAGUUUCUCAAGUGGGGAUCUAAAGCUCUCAAGAACAUGACCAUUGUACCUCCAGGAUCUGGAAUUGUCCACCAGGUGAAUCUUGAGUACCUUGCUCGUGUUGUAUUUGAUAACAACAGCAUAUUAUAUCCUGACAGCGUGGUCGGUACUGAUUCCCAUACCACCAUGAUAAAUGGUCUUGGUGUUGUCGGAUGGGGUGUAGGAGGUAUUGAGGGAGAGGCUGUCAUGCUUGGUCAAGCCAUCAGUAUGGUACUCCCUAGGGUUGUAGGUUAUAAGUUGUUGGGUAAUGUCAACCAAUUAGUGACAUCAACAGACAUUGUUCUCACUGUUACCAAGGACUUGAGACAAAGAGGUAUGGUUGGCAAGUUUGUGGAGUUUUUUGGUCCAGGAGUUGCAUCAUUAUCCAUUGCYGACAGAGCUACCAUAGCUAAUAUGUGUCCAGAGUAUGGUGCCACAAUUGGUUUCUUUCCUGUUGAUGAAAAAAGUAUAUUAUAUUUAAAACAAACUGCCCGGGAUGAUGACAGAAUUGAAUUGAUUGAAGCUUACCUGAAAGCAAGUCAGAUGUUCAGAGACUACACUGAUGCAGAGACCGAUCCUGUGUUUUCAGAGGUGAUAGAGCUCGACCUCAGCACUGUUGUCCCAUCAUGUUCUGGUCCAAAACGUCCACAUGACCGUGUUCCAGUUUCAAAAAUGAAAGAAGACUUUGCGUCUUGUCUAAGUAAUAAAAUUGGCUUCAAAGGCUUUGGAAUCCCUGAAGAAAAGCAUGCUGAUCAAGUACCAUUCAAGUUUGAAGAUCAAGACUUUAUGCUAAAACAUGGUUCAGUGGUGAUAGCAGCCAUUACCAGUUGUACCAAUACCAGUAAUCCAUCUGUUAUGCUUGGCGCUGGUUUACUAGCAAAGAAAGCUGUAGAAUAUGGAUUAAGUGUCUCUCCCUAUGUCAAAACAAGCCUGUCUCCAGGGUCUGGUGUAGUUACCUAUUACUUGCAAGAUAGUGGUGUUAUGCCAUUCCUGGAACAAUUAGGGUUUUCAGUAGUUGGUUAUGGAUGCAUGACUUGUAUAGGCAAUUCUGGUCCCCUUCCUGAACCUGUUGCUGAAGCAAUUGAAAAGGGAGAUCUUGUUGCAUGUGGUGUGCUGUCUGGAAAUAGAAACUUUGAAGGACGUAUUCACCCAUUGACCAGAGCAAACUACCUCGCUUCACCACCACUUGUCAUUGCUUAUGCACUUGCAGGCACAGUACUGAUUGACUUUGAUAAAGAACCAAUUGGUGUCUCAAAAGAUGGCAAAGAUAUCUUCCUUCAAGACAUUUGGCCAACAAGAGAUGAAAUUCAGGCCGUAGAAAGGCAGUUUGUCAUCCCUGCCAUGUUUAGAGAGGUCUAUGGUAAGAUACAGACUGGAAACCCCAAAUGGAAUGCUUUGGAUGCACCAGACAGUCUUUUAUAUCCAUGGGAUGUGAAGUCUACCUAUAUCAAAAACCCUCCUUUCUUCGAGAAGAUGAAUAAAGAUUUGCCAGAAAUUAAGAGCAUUGAAAAUGCARGUGUGCUUCUGAAYCUUGGAGACUCAGUCACUACAGAUCACAUCUCACCUGCAGGAAGCAUAUCUAGGACYAGUCCCGCUGCACGAUACCUUGCAGGGAAAGGACUGGUACCAMGAGAGUUUAAUUCAUAUGGGUCUCGUCGUGGGAAUGAUGCUAUCAUGGCUCGUGGUACUUUUGCUAACAUUCGUUUGUUGAAUAAGUUCAUGGGCAAAGCYAUGCCUAAAACAAAGCACUUUCCUUCAGAAGAUACAAUGGAUAUUUUUGAUGCUGCUGAACGAUACAAGACUGAGARUCGUCCAACAAUAAUACUAGCUGGCAAGGAUUAUGGCUCUGGUUCAUCACGUGACUGGGCUGCUAAAGGACCUUGGAUGCAGGGAAUCAAAGCUGUAAUUGCACAAAGUUUUGAGCGAAUUCAUCGUAGUAAUCUUGUUGGUAUGGGGAUCAUUCCUCUUGAAUUCAUGCCUGACCAGAAUGCUGAUACCCUGGGUCUGACUGGGAAGGAGUCUUAUACAAUAAUAGUACCUGAAGAUUUGAAAAUUGGCACAAUUACUGAUGUAAAGCUGAGUGAUGGCCGUUCAUUUCAAGCCAAGAUACGCUUCGACACUGAUGUUGAGUUGACUUAUUUCAAACAUGGUGGAAUUCUGAAUUACAUGAUAAGACGUAUGCUGGACAAUUGAGGACAUUUUGAAUUCAAGUCAUCAUCUUUCAUACAACCCCUUCAUGAUUACGGGCUUCCUGUGGCAGAACAGAACUUCCAAUUGUUAUGGACUACCUCUGGAACAGGCUAGACUGAUUAUGGGGUUCCUGUGUAAACGGUCUAAUAUGAACCUUGGGAACUUGGGUUGAGAAAUCCAUAAAAAAGAAGCCAGUGAUAGAUCCAGGAGAAAGGCACCAUGAAAUAUGGAUUUCUAUCAAUUUUCUUCCUUUCUUUACUAUCUUCAAAUCCUAGAAAUGCAUUUCUUUUAACAUUAAGCAGAGCUAGAAAAACAAGUUUCCUCAUUCAUUGCAUGUGUAGUUUUGGGGAUUAGGUCAGUGACAGCAAUUAUCUUUCUUUUUCUUUUAUUAAUUAAUUCAAAAUCUUAGAAAGCCAUAUUGUUGAAUAUUAGAUUAUGAUAAUAAAAUUAUGUCUAUUUAC